GUCGACCCUACACACACACAAUACGCACCAUGGGUAUGCUCCUAGGGAAGCAUCGGUACAACAGCGACGAGUCUGUCGAGUUACUUCGAGAGACCAAGUACUUUUCACAAUGGACAUUGGCGGAUGUGCGCGAGUUGCACGCCCGAUUCCAAAAGACUUGGGGGUUUGCAAUCACGGAAAGUCAACUCGAGUCGUUGAUACUACUCAAGCAGCCGGAGGCAGUAUCGUCCAAGGAAAUCUUUGCCGUCUUAGACGCGACGCGAGAUGGAAAACAGGACGGACGGAUCGACGGCCUCGAGUUCAUUGGUGGAUUGACCAUCGUGUGCCAAGGCACAUUUGAAGAUCGAGCUCGGUUUGCCUUUGAAGUUUUCGAUUUCAAUCUCAACGGGUCGUUGUCUCCCAUUGAGCUGGCAUUGCUAAUGAAGUCUUGCUACAGCGGUAUCACAGUCCUCACAGGCGGCCGCAUUGCCUUGGUCCCUUCGAUUCCGACGUUUGUAGAAGUGGCCCAGCAAGCAUUUUCCCGCUUUGACAAGGAUCAAACCGAUGCGCUCAACUACGACGAGUUUGUGACGUGGGCGAGAAGCAACCGCGACUUCAUGAUUUACAUGGAGGCGUUCCGUAUGAUUUCCGAAACAGCGAAAGAACGCGUGCCCGAAGCCGAGUGGCUCCAAGAGGCGAGCGACGACGACUCGGACAUUGAGCUAGAGUGCGUUCUCCCGGCCGUCCUCGCACCGUCAUCCUCCAUCACCCCCUCUCCGUCCCCAAACCAAUACGAAUUCGAGCCGUGGAUGCUUGCGGAACCUUCACGCGCGCCCGCGGUUGCACCGCCCCCUCGUCUUCCCCCCGUGAAUUUGUCUCUCGAAUGGGUGUAUGGCUACCGUGCCCACGACACCCGGAACAACGUUCGGUACACCGCCACAGGGGACAUCGUGUACACUGUAUCCCGCCAUGCGAUUGUGUACAACAGCUCUCGCCACGAACAACGAUAUUACCAGGGCCACCGCAAUGAAAUUUUAUGUUUGGCCAUGAGUCCAUCAGGGGACAAAGUGGCGACGGGAGACGUUGGUGCUGACUGUGCCAUUCACGUGUGGCACCCUGUGACGAUGGAGUGUCUGGCACUGCUGAGCCAGUUCCACGACACGGGGAUUGCGCUCUUAACCUUUUCCAAUCGCAACGACCUUCGAUUGGUGUCGGUGGGGCUGGAUGAGAACCAUCGCAUUGCCGUGUGGGACUGGAGUGCCAAGACCGUGCUGGCGUCUGGCAUUGGGUCGACCCAGAAAGCGCUGGCGGUGGCACUGCACGACAACGGCUCGGAAUUGGUGGUGGCCGGGGACAAGAGUUUGGAGUUUUUCACUGUCGAGCACCGUAUUCUGAAAAAAGAGCGCGCCAGUUUGGGGACCAAAGGACUGUUGCAGGGUUUCUUGUCGGUCGUGUUCUUCCAGCAAUACGUUAUUGUCGGCACCAGUCUGGGGCAAUUGUAUCAGUUUCAAGGCAAACAACUCGUGCGCACUGCCCAAGCCCACCCGGAGAAAGAGUCCGUCAACUGCCUCUUUAUGUGCAUGGGGUCGUUCUUUUCGGGCGGAAAGGACGGUACGAUACGACAAUGGGACACGACCUUGCAAUCCAUCGGCCACACCGUCGACUUGAGCACACUCAACCUCAACAUGCACGACUAUCGCAUCGCGAGUCUGUGCUAUCGCAGCGGCGGUGUCCACGGGGGCUACCUCCUUGUAGGCACUCGGUCCAGCGUCAUCAUCCAAGUGGAAGAGGCCACGAACGUCGUGCAUCGCAUCACUGCGUUUCACCAAACCCAACGGUGUACGGGGCUGUCUACAACCAACAAACGGGCCGAGUUUGUCACGUGUGGCGACGAUCGCAAGAUCCGCCGGUGGAGUUUGCGAAAACGCCAACAGGUGCACUCCCUAGCCCUGCUCCAGCUCCCCCCGGGGCGGUGUAUUGAGUACUCGACGGACGCUGAAUGGAUUGCGAUGGGCUGCACGGACGGCACGAUUGUCCUUGUCGACCACGCCCUCACCGCCAUGCACUUGAAUUUCCGUCACGCGUUCAAAGAAAUCGUGGCCAUCAAGUUCGCGCUGGGGGACCGCCUCCUCGCUGCAUCCUGUGCGAAUGGGGUCAUCUACCUCUACCGCGUCGACGUGUCCAGCGGUCGGGUGCAGCUCUCCCGCCACGCCCUGCUCAAACCCAUGCCCAACGAGGUCGCGACAGCCGCAAGCACCCUCGACUUUUCCGUCGACGGACGGUACUUGCAGUCUCAGCACGGCCCGACGCUGCGAUUCUGGGACGUCCUUUGCGCGUCUCGCGUGUUCGUGAUGCAGAAAAUCCGGGACGCCACGUGGCAUUCGUGGAAGAGCACGAUCGGCCACUCGAUUCAGGCGCUGCAUGGUGUACAAGACCAAGUAGCAAGUGUGUCUGUGAACCAUCGCCACAACCUCGUCGCAGUCGUCACCCACGACGGGUACGUUGGGGUCAGUACGUACCCUGCGGUCACCGCCCAAACACUGCAAAAGCAAGUGCUUGGCCACGGUCGCAGUCCAUCGCAAGGACUUGGUCGUGGGAUGGUGCAUUGCGGGUUCACCAGACACGACUCGGUUUUGAUCACUGCUGGCAGCCACGAUCGGUGUGUGUGUCAGUGGAAACUGACGCGGGAAACAGUCGACGAGCAGCCCAAGCCGCUCCGUGAGUUGUCUGAAGCGUCCAGAAUGGACAUGUCUAUGCAUACCACCACUCCGGCAUCGCGACUGCCCAACACAGCGCUAUCCACCCUACUGACACCGUCGUAUUAUCAACCCAAUCCUGCCUACAAAGCGGAAGCGCCAGACUUGGAUCUGGAGCUUGUGUGGGUCCAUGGCAUCAACGUCACUGAAGGGUCUGCGAAAUUGGGCGUGACCGAUGCAGGCGAGGUUGUCUACGCUGCGGCCACCAUCGGCGUCCUCUUUGACUAUUCCACUCGAAAACAACGUCAUUAUCAACACCACAAAAAGAGCAUCACGAGUGUGGCCGUGCAUCCAAGUGGAAAGGUUGCCGCGACAGGGUCAUCGAUUGAAAUCUCGUUUUGGAACACGACCACCCUGGAAACACUAGGGGUGCUCCCCGUCUCUGCCCCCGUGACGUUACUAGCGUUCAAACACAGCGGAGAGCUCGUCGUGGCCGUCCUCUCAGACGCCGUGCACACGGUGGUGUGUAUCUUGUGGAAAGAAGGGCACGUAGUGGCCACCGCCCAGAACACGUUGGAUCAAGUGCUGGCGUGCAGUUUCACCAACAACGACGCGUCGUUUGCAACAUGUGGUGUGGACCAUGUGAUGUUCUGGACAGUGGUUAACAACCACUACCUUCGUUCGCAGCGCGGCAUCUUUGGUCGCAUUGCCAUCAUACAAACGUUGACGUGCGUUGCCAGUGUCGGCGACUUGAAGACCAUCACGGGGGCGCAAGACGGCGCGCUGAUUGUCUGGGAUGACCAUCACGCUUGUCAGCUCAUCACAGCCCACGCCGCGGCGGUCACAUGUGCCGUGUACCAACCAUCACUUAAGCACGUCGUGACAGCAUCCGCAGACGGCGCCAUCUUUGUGUGGCUGUGCCAACCUUCCCAUCGAAAGGAUUACCUCGUGAUGCUGGGUCGAUGGCAGCCUGUGGGGGCCCCCACUAGCAUUCUGGGCCUUGCUGCCAAAGAAGACUUGACGUUUGCUGUCACGGACGAAUGCACGAUGCUCGAGUUGGCGCCGAGUUGUUUUGAGUGGCUCAACACGUCGAUGGCGCCGAAACCGACGCAGCCCCAGAUUCUAAUGCAGUGGCAUGGCCAGAGCAGCGGCACGGUCAGUGGGCUGACGUGUCACCCGACCCUCGACAUCAUUGCCACGUCCGGCACAGACAAGUCGUUGAGAGUGUGGGAUCUGCAGACACACCUGCAGGUAAAGUACAAGACACUCCCCGCCCCUGCGAAAGCUCUGGCGUAUUCGAAAACCCAAGACGACAAGGCCAGGUUUCACCUGGCCAUCGCCCUGACCACAGGGUCGUUGGUGAUUGUCCACGAUACGACCUUGGACGACGUGACUUCGAUCGAGUGCUGCAAGCAGGCGUGCGUGGACAUCAAGUACUCUCCCUGCGGAAAGCUCCUCGCGCUGGCAUGCACAGACGCGUCCAUUUACGUGUACGCCAUCAAGGAUAACCUCACGUACGCACUACACGCCAAGUGCGAGCCCAAAGGCACAAUGAGUCGGCACCCCAUCACCCACUUGGAUUUCAACUUUGACUCGACCAUCCUGCGAAGCAAUGCGUUGGAACUGCAAUGUGCGUUUUGGGAUGUUAGCACCGGACAACACUUGGAGCACUCGGUGUCUGCCCGGGAGACCCACUGGCACACGUGCACGUGUCCAUCGACGUGGUCCCUCCUCGGUGCCAAUAUCGACGGCACCGUAGGUCUCUCGUGCGCGGACCGCGUGCACUCGGACGAACAUGUCGUGGGUACUGCCAAGUUUUCGUCCAUUUUACCGGUCGUGGCCGUGGGUGAUAUGGACGGCCACAUUCAGUUGAUUUGGUAUCCGUGUGUCGAGCCCAGCGCGUCGAAAUUGUACGGGGGCCACGCGUCGCCCAUACAUUGCAUUCGCUUUACCAGACACAAUCGGUUUCUCGUGAGCGUCGGCACGUACGAUCGAACGCUGUUGGUGUGGGCCACCGACUAUGUCUCCGAAGCGAACGAACGACGUCAAGCACAAGCCGCCUCUCCCCCUGCCGCCCCCGUCACCGUCCAUCAUACCGCUGCAAACUCAACCAAAGUGCACUUGGCCGAUGAGCGACUUCUAGCCAAGGACGAUAUUGACAAGGACUUUGAAGGGGGGAAAGGGGACGAGUUUAUGGCUGUCAAGCCAUGGGUAGGCGCCAUCCGAGAACCCACCAAUUGGACGUCCAAGCCAGACGACAACGAAGCCCCACUCAGCUCCCUCGAGCUUUCCUUUGUCUACGGCUACCGUGGGUUCGACACGCGCAAUAAUUUGAGCUUUGGUGCCGGCGCCAACACAAUCAUCUACCACGCGGCGGCACUUGGCAUCGUGUACGACAAGCAACAUCACCGCCAGAUCUUUCACUAUGGCCACACCGACGACAUCAUGUGUUUGGCAGUGCACCCCGAAGGGCAUCUAGUUGCGAGUGGCGAGCGCGGACGCACCCCCAAGGUUAUCCUGUGGGACGCCAACUCGGGGUCGAGUCUUUGUGUGCUGUCUGGGUUCCACAAACGAGGAGUGAGUCACGUGGCGUUCAAUACCAAAGGCGACUUGCUGGCGACACAUGGCAUGGAUGACGACCACAGCAUCGCCAUUUACAAUCUCCAGGGGAAGCUUGUGGCCAAGGCCACAGCGUCAAAGCAAUCGAUUCUCGGCAUUGCAUUCAUGGACAAAGACGGCAUCAGCGUGGGAGAAAAGUCGGUUCUGUUUUGGAGCGUGUCGCAGUCGAACGUGUCGGUGAAGAAGGGCUCGUUUGGCAAAGGAGACAGUCGCAGCACCGUCCUGUGCGCGGUGUUUGUGCUGGGGGAAGCAGUCACAGGCCAAGCCGAUGGAUCGUUGUAUCAAUGGAAAGGUCGAAAUUGCAUAGCCCUUGUCAAAGGCCACGAAGGGGCAGUGAAUUGCUUGUGUUACGAUGUCACGACCAAGAGUCUUCUCUCGGGGGGAAAGGACGGCGUGAUCAAGUUUUGGGGGGCGUCGUUUGAAGUGUUGAUGCAGUUUGACUUGAAAUCGGCAAGUGGGGGUGGGGGUAGCAUUCGCAGCCUCAGCAUCGACAACGGCAAAGUGCUCUUUGGAACCCAAGCGUGUGAAAUAUGCGAAGUUGACGUCACCGAUUUGCGGAAACCGGCGGUGCCAAUGCGAACGUUCAUCGAGGGGCAUGGCGGGGGGGAGUUGUGGGGCCUGGGGGCGCACCCUGAGAAGCAGCAGAUCGUCACUGCCGGUGACGACGGUAUCGUGCGUCUAUGGGAUGCUCCGAACCGUUCGUGCUUGGCCAAGCUACCGUUGCAUAAAAAGUGCCGCGCCGUCGGAUUGUCCCCUGACGGAAACCAUAUUGCCGUGGGCGCGAUGGAUGGUUCGGUGACGAUCCUCAAAGGAGGACUCGAAGGCGUGGUGGUCGAGUUGAGGGUGAGCAUCAAGGCGAUAUCGGUUGUCAAGUACUCCUUCGAUGGCAAGACAUUGGCCGUGGGAAGCCACGACCAGCGCAUUUACUUGUACACGGCCCCGGCCUACUCCAAACGAUGUGUCCUUCGAGGCCACAGCAGUUACAUCACGCAUUUGGACUUUACGCUGGAUACCCAUUAUCUCCAGAGUAACUGCGGCGCGUACGAACUGCUCUUUUGGGACGUCGCGAGUGGAAAGCAAGUGACGAGUGCUAACACAUUGCGGGAUGUCAAGUGGCACACGUGGACUUGUACUCUUGGGUGGCCCGUGCAAGGCAUAUGGCCUGAGCGCGCCGAUGGCACGGACAUCAACGGCGCAUGCCGAAGCAAUUCCCAUAAGAGUUUGAUGACAGUGGACGACAGUGGCCACGUCAACUUGUUCCGGUAUCCGUGCGUCCAACCCAAGGUGCGUUGCCCCACGAGGCGCUUAUGCUGAUCCUUUUGUGUCUCUGCAGUCCAAGUCGAGGCAAUACCUGGGCCACUCGUCGCACGUGACCGAUUGUACCUUCACGAAAGGUGACAUGUUUGCCGUGUCUCUUGGUGGCGGCGACAACGCCAUCUUUCAGUUCAAGUACAUUGAGAAGUAGACGUAGGAGUAACUUGUAAUCUGCUUGAGCUACGAGUGUAUAGUCGUAGAGUCAUGGUGGUGGCUUU